UUCUUUCCUUUUUGUUUUUUUGGUUUUUGGUUCUUGUUUUUCCUUUACCUUUUGUAUCUUUUAUCUGAUUGUGAAAUGGGUUCGUGGAUCCUGUUGUUCCUGACAAUUGACUGAGGUGUAUUUUGCUGCUUUUGCUUUGUUGGUUUGAAUGUUGUCCGAGAUCGGCCUGUUUUUUUGAUGAAAAUGGUUGCCCAAGGAUCAAUGCCUCAGAUUCUAUGGGAAAGAAAUCAUGGGUUGGAAUCUAAGUUGAUUCUUUUUUUUGAUUUUCUUCAAUGAAUGCAAAGAUUUUCACUUUCAUAAAGCACAAGGAGGACCCUCUCAAUCUCUCUCACAGUCUGUGUGAGCGUGGAUUGGAUUCACGGAGAUGCCAAUCAGAUUGAGACUGAGAGUCAUAGCUGAUCCAAGAAGAUAUCAGAGAGUCAGCCCAGAUUGUCUUCCUUUGAGCAAUGGAAAAAAGACCAACAUCAAUGGCAGAAUUCUACAAACUAAUAACGGUACUAGUACAAAAGCAGCAAUUGUGAGUAGCAGCACUACUAGUUGUUCAACUCUGGAUGGCAAAGGAUUUAGAUUCAGAUCCCCAUCAAGAACCCAAGACCAUCCUAGCCAUCAUAUUGAGGCUUCAACUGCAACACCCACUUCUCCUCAAUCAGAGAACAACCAUGAUUCUCCACCACCACCAAAGAACCAACAGACCCCAAGUCCCAGUGCUAGCCCCAGCAACUGUGGAGGUACUGGUGCUUGUGGAGGUGAUAUGCUUUUGCAGUGGGGGCAAAGAAAGAAAGCAAGGGUCUCAAGGGCUGAGAUCCGAGCUCUCACUGAUGACUCAUCAUCUUCAUCCUCAGCUGCUAUCAAGGCUCAGAGAAAAUCUUCCUCCACAAGUAUGCCACCACCUCCACCUCCUCUUCCUUCCGCUUCUGCUUCUAAUGCCAGCAGACCCAGAAGGGAAGCUUCUGCCUUUCUUUCGAACAGGAACUUAGAUGAGAGAUCUGGUUGUGGUGGAAAUGGAUCACCAUCAAGAAACGGUACUAGCAGUAGCAGCAGGGUCAUCUCUAGAUCUAUGGUAGCUGGGAAACGAUCUCCUCCUCCUGAAAAACUUGAUAGAAAGAUGUCUUCGGCAAAAGAUGAUAAUAAGCCAAAUGGGUCCUCUUUACUAGCCACUGAUCGAAUGAACCAUGUUGAUUCUGCUUCUCCUCAUCAAGCAUCACAACCAGAACAGGAAGCUGCUGGGGCCACUAACACUGCUGCUCCACUGGCUGGAGGAGCAGGAGAAAAGUUGAAUGCUGAAGUGAUUGAGUGGCCUAGAAUUUACGUUGCUCUCUCAAGGAAGGAAAAAGAAGAUGAUUUCCUUGCAAUGAAAGGCACAAAGCUCCCUCAAAGACCCAAGAAAAGAGCCAAGAACAUUGAUAAAGCUCUACAGUAUUGUUUUCCAGGGAUGUGGCUAUCUGACUUGACAAGGAAUCGAUAUGAGGUUAGGGAGAAGAAAAAUGUGAAGAAGCAAAAGCGAAGGGGUUUGAAAGGAAUGGAGAGCUUGGACAGUGAAUCUGAGUAGUAGUGAAAUUUUUUAUUCAAUUCUGCUUGAGAAAAAGUUUUGGGGGGCCUUCUCAAGUCUCAACAAAGCUGGUGCCUGUUUGUUGGUUUAUAGUUGGUGGGGUAGGGUCCACCAACCACUUUUUGCAAUUCACCUGCCCCCAUACUUAUGUAUCACUGAGUUACUGUUAAUGAUAUCAUCCUAGAGGUUGAGGAACAGGAAAGAAUGAAUUAGAGAGAAAAAAAAGAAAAGAGAAGAAAAGAAAAGGUGACAUCUUAAUUUUCUGGUAGAUCAGAUGUCAUAAUAUUUUGAUCCUGGUUGCCUAUAAAAAGACAGUAAUUUCAUGAGUA